AUGUUGUACAGUAAUUCGCAAGAUCAAAACACUUGGUCUCCAAUAUCAGACAAGGCUGUCAGUAACGGCAAAUGGCCUUAUGUAUCACGAGAAUCUAACCGGGAACUACAACUAGCAUCCGAUACGAUACUAGAAGUUACAAAGGAUUAUAAGGAGUUUUCAGAGUAUUUGCCAAACCGAAUCAUUGAAGCUGAAAUCAGACUCGAAGUGUCGCGACAGGUGUAUGACCGAGAAGACGACAUCAUUUACAUGCUGAAUAAGGCAGACACCAGAUAUGGCCAAGGACUCAUGAACACGUUGGUUCUAACAGGCGGAAGUGGUGCCAUGAUCACCGAUAUAACAGAAAUUGCAGCAGCCGACCACGGCUCUUGGAGGAAAAAGGUCAGACACGUUAAUAGAGUAGGCUCUGGUGACGUGCUUACGGCUAUCUCGUAUGGGAUCGUGGAGGUUUACGUCAGGGGUCAAGUGGUUGAAGAAACGGUGCUUGCCCAGAGCUCAAUAGCUAGAGUACAAAUAUCAUCAGUCCUUUUGCAGAUACUUGGAUAUCUUGUCCCAGCAUUGGUUAAACAGGACGAUGGCGAAUUGUUCACGAUAGAGGAGGCAGAUGCCCCUCAUCUAGGAGGAAUCAGUAGGCUCAGAGAAGACUCUUCCAGCUCUAAUUCUUCGGCCCGACGCUCAAACACACCAAACAACUCUCAUGUCUCCUUCUUUCCAAGUGAAUCACCAUAUUCCUUCAGCUUCACUUCUCAGAGUGACGCCAAAUCUGAGUCUAGAAGGGGCCUGCUAUACAAGUCUCUGGACUUUGUAAAAAAUAGGAAUGUCGCGUCGAAAGUGGGCACGAUAGUGACGAAUGGAUUGGAUGAAGAGGAGGAGAGACUCUCAACACCCCCCUUAAGGUCAGCAUCUUCACCUAAUCUAUCGAAUCUGGGCAAGCAAAUUGCUGCGGGUGGAUUAGGAUUAGUACCGCGAUCAUUAAUGGGUGGAUCUUCUCGGUCACCCUAUAGUCCAGCUCAAGCGUCACCUCUCUCGGCAGCCUUUUCACCUAUACCAUUGAUACCAUCAAUACCAGAAAACAUACCACAUCCAAUAGCUGUACCAUUAAUAGCACCAUUGUCCAUCAGCACUGUACGUAAAAAUGACUACUCGGCCAUGCUUCCGCCCUCUCUACCCUCUGCACCUGUAAUGAGAGCACGAUCUCUCCAUUCGCCAACUAGAUUCCUACCGCCGAAUAAAGCCAUGAUGACGACAAACGCUGAUAUGAAAGUCUUGACUGCCAACGAUCAAGCGUUAUUUAUAUUUGCAACGCCACAACGAGAAUUGAUUGGCGCCAGUAUACUCAAUUUAUUGGUGCCGUCGUAUCGAGAAAAGUAUCAAAAAUACUUUAGGCAAGAUCCACAAAAGAAGGAUGUUGUUCUUGUCUGUGGCAAAGUUAUUCGAGUACUGAAAAAGGAUGGUACUCAAGUCCCGACCUCACUAUGGCUGAAGCGGACAUUGGAUGACAAGGGUGGAUCCAUCUUUAUAUGGGUGUUGGAAGCCAUCAAGGAGACUACAGUCGCCGUCAUCGUUUCUGCGAUGACUUGUGAGCUUGUAGAAGUUCGAGGUCCUUUCGAAGAGUUAUUUGGAUGGGAACCACAAGAGGUCUAUGAUCUGAAAAUCACGGAUUUGAUACCCGCCAUUGACAAUGGAAAUUCCCAUGUAAAGGACUUUGAAGUCAUAAACGAACACAAAUUCUUUGGAGCGAGGUCACGGCGCGGUGCAGUCGUACCCAUUAUUGCCAAAUACUUUGGUAAUGCCGAAGAUAAUCCAUUAUCUUUGGGUCGUCAACCUGGCCAUGUGCAUAUCCAAAUAACAUCAAUGCCCAAUAUUGCUGGAGUCUUGACCUGUGACUCAAAAGGAAAUGUGCAGUCAUGUAACAGUGUGUUUGCAAAGUAUUUAUUUGGACUGGGUUCCAAGCAUUUAGAAGGGAAGGUCAUCACUGAGGUCAUUCCACAGUUCUGGCAACUAGUAGAAACCUUUGAAGAUGGAAGGUCUGAAAAGAUAAUAUCAGCACGGGAGGCUAGAAGAGUCGCUGCUGCCGGUGGAUCACCAUUACUCGGGGCCAUCGAGUCUGAGCGUCCUGCCGAAGCUCACUUUACUGUAGGAUCGCCUGUAGUCAACGUCUUUAGGGGCUCGCCACCCAGUAAUGGAGGGAUGUCAGGCCGAAAUAUACCGCCUAGUAAUAGUAGUACGGGCAUAGUAGCCAUACAUCGGGAUGGAUCCACGAUUAACGUUGACGUUCAGGUCCGAGCAGUUAAUUCUCAUCUAGACACCGUGUAUGCGUUAUGGAUCACAUAUGAUCGAUCCUUUGGUGUGCCUAAAAGUAAACAAAAUCUGCAUCCCUCAGCACCAUCGAGUAUAUCUGCAAGCCCGAAUCUCGCACCAUCUGAUGUUCCCUCCACUAGUAGUAGUGAGAAGGACCGUGAUCGAGCUAUUGAUGAAGCUGCUCUUAGACUUGCUGGCCUUAUGGAUGAAUCCGUCGCUGAAACGAGGACAUCGCCUAAACAGGUCAAAAUGCCUAGUCCCGUCUUCGCAUCCGCCACCAGUACCAGUAUUGAUGAUUAUGAGAUACUGGAUUCAUUAGGAGAUGGGGCUUAUGGCUACGUGCGGUUAGCUGUAAAAAAGAAUGAUCCUAAAAAGACCAAAGUAGUGGUCAAAUAUAUCGUCAAAUCUCGUAUCUUGGUCGAUUGUUGGACGAGAGACAAGGAACUGGGACUAGUACCACUGGAAGUCCACAUACUGCACUAUCUCACAUCUAUCCGUCAUCCAAACGUUGUACACAUGAUUGAACACUUUGAAGAUCCAGACUUUUGUUAUAUCGUCAUGUCUCUACAUGGCUUCGGAAUGGAUUUGUUCGACUAUAUAGAACUAAACCAGACUCUACCAGAAGAGGAAAUCCGAUCCAUAUUUUAUCAGACAGUGCUGGGUAUACGGCAUCUUCAUCGGAAUGGAAUUGUGCAUCGAGAUAUUAAAGAUGAGAAUCUCAUUCUGGAUGAAGAGUUGAGAGUGCAAUUAAUAGAUUUUGGGUCGUCUGCUUAUAUCAAGGAUGGCAAAAAGUUUGAUACUUUUUGUGGGACAUUGGAUUAUGCUGCACCUGAAGUCCUGACUGGGCACAAGUAUACCGGCCCUCCACAGGACUGCUGGGCUUUAGGAAUUCUCCUCUACACUCUAACAUACAAGGAAAACCCCUUUUAUAACAUUGAUGAAAUCAUUAGUCGGGAAUUGAGAGUGCCCUUUGUCAUGUCAGAAGACUCGAUCGACCUCAUACGGUUUAUACUGGAUCGAGACGUCAAGGCUCGGCCCACCAUAGACGAAAUUGAGCAGCAUAGAUGGUUUGACAACAUCAGAGCAAAAUACAACACCGAGGCAUAG